UUUCUUCAAACUCCGUUUAUACGUCAAAUCCAUCAUAAAACAGCAAAUAUCUUUAUAGAUUUAAAAUCAAUUUGCUUCGCCCUUGGUUCGUGAUGCAAAAUGAUUACACUUUGGAAGAACUCACCGAUUUGGCUCAGGAAAAAAUUGUUUUGGGUGAACAGCUGUUGAAAGAUUUAGAAAAACUAGAGUCGGUUGACGGAGUACGGAAGAUUUCCAAAAAGAUUAACCAAGAGCUGAAGUUCUUGAAUAAGGUGAGAAACAAUAAAACAGUGACUAUCAACCAUAUUUUGUGCAGCAAUCUAACACAUUUCGGAUGCCUAGUGCAGUGUCUACUAAAUUGUGAAAAGGUAAUCCACAUCGAUUACCCAUUGCCACUGGAAGAUCGUGUUUCCAAGCUACGCGUUGACAUAGUGGCAGAUGAAGGUGCCACCUGGAUCAAGGUUAUAGCUCGUAAUCCAAAAUCACUCAGUGAUGCGGUUCACGGUCGAACAAGCUAUGGUUCAAAAAACAUACUUGAACAAGCGGCCGAAUACUUGGAGGCAGCUGAAUCAUAUCCCCAUAUGUUCAAACCACCACGGGUGGUGUUCCGCUUUCUCAGCGAUAUUGAUAAUGAUCUAAUCUCUAAACUACAGACAGUUGGAAUUACUGUCUUGGUUUCGCAAACUUCAGAGCCUGUCCCCCGAGCCGAAACUACGUAUGUCAAAAGUCUUAAUUUGGAUAUCACCACACUAAUUGCGUACGUGAGUGCUAUGACUAACGGAUCGGCUAAUUGGGAGUACAACGAACCGCUGCUCACUGAACAAGCUCAAUGGGAAAGAGAGAGCCCAAUCAAACCAAUUUUGGAUGAGUAUUUUGACGGAAAAGAACUACUUUGCUGUGAGACGGCUUGUAACUCCUUUAAUGAAAUACUCUCGAUUUUGGGAGGAUCAAAAGAAAAAUCGCGAGCAACAGAUCUCUUUCGUCGGAUACAUCUAUUACCGGAUGUUACGCUAACAGAGGAAAUGAAAAACAUUCGCGUAGGAGGCAAAAUAAAGGCUAGAAGUUUGCAAAUAUUUGCAUUCGGUUUAAGGCACAAAGCCGUCACGGUAACCUCGAACGAAGGUUUCCUGCGUGCGGCUCGAAUGCAAGGACUGGAAAUUCCGGCAUUUGUACAUGAUGCCCGAGCCUUGACGGAAGAAAAGGAGAAAAAUGCACGCAUGUUACAAAAAUGAUGUAACCGUAACAUAUAUUGUGAUUUGUAAAAUAUGAAACCGAAUGUGUUCGUUUAAAACAACUAUAUCUG